UCACCCCUUGAAGCCGUGGAGCAUGGAUUCGCAAAGACGUCGAAUGUUGUUGUUCAAGCACUCCGCCACCAGUCCGAUCUCCACGAAACCGGCAAAGAAUAUCUCCAGCAGGAGGGCAAGGGACAUCUCGUGAGUGUGGCCCAUGUAGAAGAAGGAGAGGAUGCCGGCCGCCGGGAUGAUGCUCAGGGGGAAGAGGAGCACGGCCCUCCAGCCCUUGAAGACCAU